AUGUCCAAAGCUCAACAAUGCCUCCGUGUCAAACUUAACACGAGAGUGCCGGCGGCCGCUGAUGGGGCUGGAAAGACUCCUCAGGUGCCACCGCCAUGUUCGUCAGCAUCGGCGCCGCCGCCGACCUCAACCCAGUGCAGCCCUUCGCAUCCGCAGUACUUUCGGGUCAUUGGCCGGGGUACGUGCGGCACUGUCUACGAGCACGCCGGCCUCCCGACCGAGGUCGCCAUCAAGGUGGGCUCGGACCGCGCCGCCAUCAAGCGCGAUUUUAACCACGCUCUCCGAGCCUAUAAUGCGUCCCGGGCGCCGCGGUCGCCCGUAUCUCUCUUCACGGGCCCCCUCCCCGACGAUGAGGCCGCGACCUUGGACAUUCCCCGGCCCCUGGUGCCCCGGCCGCGCAAGAUGCUCGAUGACCACGACCUAGGCCGACUGGGCCGCAGAGGCCUCCGUCUCGAGGCUGUCGAUGAUGAGCUCUCUGACGGUGGGCCCGAGGACUUUACCGGCGCCGAGAUCCCCUCUGCGUGGGAGGUGGAACGUAUCGGACCUAUUGCGGCCACGGUGCGCGAUGCCCUCGUGGACUUGUACGUCCAGCCGGCGCUGCGUGAGACUUUGCGUGCCAAUGACGAAAGUCGUGACUGUCUGGUGCGCGUCUACCUCGGCGCCCAAGCGCCUUCUUCGUCACGGCAGCGGCAACGGAGGCAAUGGCAUCUAGACAGUGGUCUAAGGAACGCACCGCUGUACCUUGACCAGAUGGACGAGGCUCGACUGGACCCGUGCAUGCUGGCCGAGGAAGUAGGCGUCGGUAUAGCGACGUGCCAGUGGGCGGCCUGUCUGGACGGCAUGGACGUCGAGUUCGUGCUGGGCGGGCCCCGGCUCCCACGAUACCGAGACCGGGCCGAGUGCGCCGCCAUGCCGGAGCAGCCCGAGGCGCGCAUGUGGAUGCUCGACUACGACAAGACGACGCUGUUGCCGUUUGUGGCGCGCGGCAGUCAGUGCCCCAGCGCCGAAGAGCUGGUGGAGCGCUUCGCCGUCUCCAUGCACGGCAACGACCCCUAUUUUCCCCGGCCGAGCCUCGAUCGGGCGCUCUGGGAUCGGUUCGUCGAGGUUUAUGUCCUGACGGCCCGCUCCAUUCUGAGAAAUACCAAGAUGCCGGCCUCGCGACUGGAAUUCCUCCUGGAUCUGCCUCGGGAGGUGAUGGCCAGGCUGGCAGAGCUAUAUGAAGAAGAGGAGCAGUGGCAGAGAGACGCGGACGAUUUGGUGGGCUUUGAGGAUGGCCGUGACGAUUUAGGUGAAGGAUGGGGCAGCGAAGACGUGUCUUCUAUCAGCGGAGAGGACGAAGAAGAAUGCCCUAGUGAAAGAGAAGUAAAACAAAAGUCGCGGAAUGGUUUUUGA